AUGAAACUGUCUCUGCCGCUACUGUGGUUGAGUCGCAGCGAGGUCGCACAGGAGCUCGUGCGGGUUGUGAGGGAGGCAGGUGGGGGUGCUGAAGUCACAAAGGUUGCGGAGGCCGUGCAGAUGGUAGUGGAUUACUUGGUACUGGCGAUUAAGGGGGUAGCAGAGGACCCAUCCUAUGGGAAAGGAAUGCCAGGGGUCCUAGUGUGGACGUUCAGGGAAGUGCUGCCGGAUAUCAAAAGGCACCAGAAGGAGCAGCACAAACUGGAGGAUGCAAAAGAUACUGCGUGGAAGCCAUUCCAGGGGACAGCAGAGGACGCAGUAUUAAAAGCCAGGAAUGUGGUGGGGGUCAUCACCAGCCUGGUAGCGCGUAUCAAGACAUUAGCAGUGGCGGAAGGACAAGUCAUAAUCAAUAACGCAGUAGAGCAGGUUGACAAAGUAAUGCAGACGGCAGUGCAGGAUGCAACAUGGGCUAUCAAGCAUAAAGCAACAGAGAAGGCACAGGACUCCGCACAGGAUGUUAAGGAAGCAGUGCACUAG